CGAGGAAGAAAAAUCCUCUCGCUUGUAAAGAGUGGUUGGUGAUUUGUGAAGGUCUUCAUUUUAUUGUUUUAUUUUGAUUAUAUUUACCCCAGCUGUCAUCAGUAAGCUGAACCUGUGUUUCCUGCUGUUCUUGAAGCUCGAAGGUACGGAUACGGUUCUUCAAUAAAUUCUCUGAAACCCACAUCUCUUCUGAUCAGGUGCCGGACGCCGGCAUGGUGCAGCGCUGGCGACUCGGCGGCUGAAGUGACCAUGUCAGAGGCCUCAGAGGUCAGCAAGCCAUUCGAAUGUACAUCUCCCGGCUGCAAGGCGACGUUUACUAACGAGGAUCAUCUGAGUUCGCACCAGAAGCGUCACGAGAUGUCGCUGCUACUUCCCGGUGGAAUCACCAUCAGCCGUUCCAACAGUCUUACGCUGGGAGCGGACCUGACGCCGACGCCGACUCGCUUCAUCCGGAUCGGAGAGGAGGUCGGCCUGUUUCAGGACCUGCUCAAAGCCAACCCGUUCGAUGAGCAGUUCAGGAAGGCUGCGGAACAGAACAAGGCCGCCUCAGUCAGCCUCCCGCUGCCGUUCAGUGGCGCCUGCGAUGAGCCGCUCAACACUCCCCAUAUCGUGCACCCGGGCGAGGGCGACCACCACCCGGCUAAAGGCUCGGUCACACCGGCCGUGGAGACCCCGCAGCCGCGACUCGCCAGUCCACACAGGCUGGGCAGCCCCCCGCCGGCGCACGUGGUUGUGACACCAUGCAGUCCGCUGAGGGCCCGCGGCGGCGCGCCGCCGGCCCACCGCGACCCGCUCGACCCGGACGGCACCAUCGGCAUCGAUGAUGACAUGGAGGUGGAGGGCCCGCUGGACAUGCGCUCACCCUCCGUGAUCCCGCCCGUCUCCGAGACUCUCAUCUCUCCACCUGUGAUCCACACGCCCGGGUCACUGUCGUCACCGCCGGUACUGCACGCGCCGGGGUCACUGGCGGCGUCACUGCAGGGCUCACCGGCCGGCUCACUGGCCGCGUCACUGGGUUCACCGCACUCGGUCCAGGCGCCGGGCAGCAGCGGCGUCGGAUCUCCGCCGGCCGGUCACACGCCCACCACCCUGCAAUCAUCGGCAGUGAGCUCCACUGUGGCCAUCCCGCGGCACCAUCAGCUGGCCGUGCCGCCGCCGCUCCGUCCACGGCUCGUCUCCUCUGGAGCCGGGCCCGUCCAGAUGUCCACCGCCCUGCCGAUCGUACACAGCGGCGCACACUCGGCGGCCAUCGCCGGGUCGCUGGCCAACUCACUCGCCGGGAGCCACGCGGCUACGUACUCGGCGGCUCACUCCGUGGCUCACUCGGCUCACUCCGGGAUGUUGCCAGUGGCUCACUCGCACUCACUCCACCCUGGGAUGCACUCUGGGAUGCUCUCCGGUGCGCUGCAGGGCUCUCUACCGGCGGCGCACCAGGCUUCCUCCCAGCCGGCCGGCCCACCGCCGCAUCCGACUGCCUCCCUGGCCGAGCACUCGGCACUGUCGUCAGAAGCAGUCGAGUUCCAGAUCAAGCUGUCGGAUGGUCAGGUGAUGCCCCUGUCCAUGCACUCCGAGGCGGCGGCGGCGGCGGCGGCAGCGGCGGGGGCGGGGGCGGCCAGGAUGCCCGGCAGACUGACCACGCCGCCGGCAGUGACCGCUGUAGGCGGAGUGGUUGCCAGUGAAAUGGCGGCAGCAACUGACACGGUCAGGGAGCGUCUAAGGCGGAGUCUGCAGCGUCAGGAGCGGCCUCCCGCACCGGUGCCGACCCCAACCAGCCAGCCGUCCCCGUCUGACGUCCUACCGCCGGCUCCGACACCGCGCACAUCACAGUCGGAGGACAGCCUGAGGAAGGAGCGAAACAGAGCGGCGGCUAACCGGUGGCGCGCCCGCAAGAAGCGAGCUCAGCAGCAGAUGGCCAGUUCGAUGGAGGCGCUCAACUGUCGCGUCAAUGAGCUACAGCAGGAGAACGCCGAGCUGCGUGCCAAGCUGAAACUGGUGCUCGGCCAGCACCGCGACUGCGACGUCUCGCGGGGACUCAAAGCGCCGGCCGACACUGACGGCCUCUCUCGGCUGGAGCUGGACGACCUGACGCGACUGAUGGGCGCUGAGGCACCGGUACCGUCCGGCGCUGGCCUCGUCUCUCCACCCGAAGAGGUGCGGCGCGUGGCGCGGCCGGCCGGCGCCGUGCCGACCGCCUCUGUGGCCGGCGUCACCUCAUCCGUGCCUCUGGUGUUCUCCUCCGGCGCCGCGGUACCCACUCUGCCGGUGGCCAGCGGGGCCACCCACCAGCUGAUCCUGCUGCAGCCGGCGCCGGCCGGCGGACAGCGGCUGCAGCAGUCGGCUCAGCGGCCGCCGCCGCUGCGCCAGUACCGGCUGCCGGCCGCGUCUGUGGCCGGCCGAGCCUCGCUCCAGCCGCCGCUGGCGCACGGUGAACGGAUGUAGAGCGGUGAGGUAGAGCGGGGAGGAGGGUGGAGAGAGGGGGAGGAGAGAUACUGAGGGAGGGUGGCAGAUUUGGCGCUGUUCAAGAACGCCGCUGUGGGGUGUAGGUAGAGCCGUUCGCUGAAGUGGUUAAAACCAGUUCACUGACCAUUGCCUGGGUGGGAAGUGUGUACUUCACUCUAAUCCCAGUGGAGAGUAAUACUACAUGUGUUCAGGCCUACUCGCCCCAAUGGAGAGGCCGAUCCGGUUAGGCGCCACUGUGUUAUGCCUCGUUAUCCGCCUACGGUGCCACGUUCAUCGUCCAUAGCGUUGAGAAAACCGCUGGCGGUGACUCUCAACGACUCACCGUCUAUGCAACGAGGGAUAACCCAGCCUUACCAGUGCUGUUCGGAGUCACUGGCCGCUGGUCGGCAGUGACUCGCAGUGCGGGAGACGCCCGCGUCCGACUCAGUCCGAGCGGCUGACGGUUGGCCAGAGGUGGGUGUCACUUCGCAGAGACUCGGGAUUAGUUUCGACCCGGGCCGUAAAGUUUUCGUCACGCGCGGAUGAUGACUGACUGCGCAGCGGCGGCGGCGGCGGCGACUUCAGAAGUGUGUCACGACAGUCAAAACGUUAGCCAGCCUACGUGACAGACCUCUGGGUAUACGGGCGCAUCGAACUGCCUUCCGGCUCGAUUUCGGUCGGGUUGGGUGGGUUUGGAUAUGGACUGCGCUGUUGGGUACCGAAAGAGUUGCGUCAUCUUUUCUGAUACACUGGAGACGCCUGCACUAGAUUGCUAGUUGCACCGCGGGACGCAGCGUAAACGCGGAAGAAAUAUCGGACGCCUGAGUGGCCGUGUCGUGCAGUUGCGCUGGUGUGGCCGGCGGCCGCUCUACGGGGGUCCUGGCACGCUGACACGAAUCCGACCUGAAUUACUCGUACUUCGGGGCUCGGCGGUGCCCUGAGACGGUGAGCCGCGCGCCGCAGCCGCCGGCCCGGCCAGUGACACGUCACAACUGUCACUGAAGGCGGCCCCGGCUGACGGGAGGACGGACGCCCGAUAGGUGCUAACUGGCCCGCAGUGCCAGCGGGCUGACGCGCCGUCACGAAGCCGAGAGAUCACGAGCGGAGAUAUCGGGUGAUGAGCCUGGCCCGCUAUUUUGAGAUCGGGAACGAGUGUGCGACUUGGAGAGACAAGUGGAAGUAAAAAUGAAGGCCUUCAGAUGAAAUUUAUAAAGCGGGCUAGCUAGUGGCGUCAUUUUGAAAAAAAUGAAUUUGUUGAAAAGGGUAUUUCCAUUUGUUAUCCAAACGGCAGUAGCGCGGGUGGGAGCGUCAGCGGGUUUUCGCUCGAACGGCGGCGGACAGCGCUAUUCCAUUCAGCCCUCAUCCGGCUCUGAUGACGUGACGCCGGGCCUGAUCUGCCCUGAGCCGCCGCUCGUGUCAGCUAGUCUCACCCUCACCCUACUCCCCGUUCCCUCCCCUCAUCUCCCGACCCGCAGUUCCUCCCCUCCCCGUCUGGUCCCGCCCGACCCAAUCCCGCGCCACCCUCCCUCGCUCCCCACACCCUCCGUCCCAGUAUAUCCUACCGAGCGGUGGCUGGUUGGUUGGCACGAUCACCUCCAUGGCUGAUGACACGGAAAAUACAUAGAUGCAGUAACUCCCAGCACACCACUCACGCAUAUAGCGAUAUUGCGCGCUGCGUUCGCGCCCCGCCGCCGCUGCCGCCGCCGCCGCCGCCGCCGCCACUGGUGUGGGCUAGAUUCCCGCCGCAGUCUUUGUUGAGCUAAUGAAUUGUGGGAGCCGCGAUUUGGGGAUGAUUUCGGACGGAGUCACAUGCAACGCUCAGUGGGCUGAUAGUGUCUGGAGUCGGGAGUUAGUUUAGGCGAGAGUUGGAUUGAAGGCUGGUUCCGCGCCGGCAGCCGGCGAAUUGUUUCCGGAAGCAAGCGGCGCGGAUUGCUA